AGACGCGGCGCUGAAUACCUUUCAGUUGACAAAAUUGCCGUUGUCAACCCGAACCAUGAGACUAGAACUUGUGUCUGUCUUGCUGUGCUCACUUGCACCCCUGACUGUUGCUGAAGGCAUAUGCCCAUGUCCCACUGGAUUUGUUCAGUACCAACAAGCCUGCUAUUGGUUCUCCAACAUAGCGGGAUCAUUUGCUGAGGCAAGGAGCUACUGUCAGUUCUUCCGGAGCCACCUUGCCAGGAUAACAAGCAAAGAAGAGGACGACUUCGUCAGAAGCUAUGCAAAGGAAACAGGAAGAGCCCCAGACUACUGGUUGGGUGCCACUGAUCUCAUCACGGAGCGGACGUUUGUGUGGGAGGUUGGCGAUACCUUAAACUACACCAACUGGCACUCUGAUGAACCUAAUAAAAAAACAGAGAACUGUCUGGGGUACAAACAAUUAUACGAUUAUCUCUGGAAUGAUUAUCGUUGUGAUGUAGCGAUAAACUUCAUAUGUGAAAGGAAAGUGCCCAGAUGUUGCUAGAUUAACGGACGUUGACUUUUUGAUCAUGUUUGUUUUUCUUUUGUUGUUUAACGCCGCACUCAGCAAUAUUCCAGCUUCACGACGGCGGUCUGUAAAUAAUCGAAUCAUGACCAGACAAUCCAGUGAUUGCGAUCAUGAGCA